AUGGAAGCAUUGACCAAUGAACGAUCAAAUGAUGGAGCACAAUCGCUCUCGAUCGGAUUUGUCACGUUAAUGAUUUAUUGUUGGGUGAUUUGGUCUUCUGUAGUUUACGCCAUGUAUUCUAUUUGUAAUUCACCAAAUUUUGGUAGAAGUAAAUAUUGGCAUAGAAUCUUGUUCGACAAUGGUUUAAUUUAUCUAACAUUAAUAGCAUUGUCACAAGCAAUUAAUGUAAUAAUGAUGUUGGAUGGUAAAAAUUACUUGGGAAAAAUCGUAAAUGUAACCCCAUUAUUAGUAAUAACUUCGAUUUGUUUACGAAAAUCAUUAGUUAAUACAAAGUCAAUGAAUGAUAGAGAUAGGACUCACUUACCCUUCUUUCAUCCCUCCACCAAAGAUAAGAAUAUUAAUGAUAGAUCUAUCAAAAACAUUGAUGUUCAAUAUCCUACACCACAAGAGCCAUUUACCACAUAUCAACCUUAUCCGCAAGAGCAAGUUAGAAUGCCUUCACCAACGUUUUCAUCAUUUACUUCAUCAACAAAAGUGGAUUCCGUCCCUCCUUCAUUACCUCCAAUAAUAAUACACAAAAGUGCCACAUCUAAUUCAAAUGUUGAGUAUAAUUCAAGACCUACAUCUCCUGAUGUACAAAGAAUAACACAAGAUUUUGGUAGUUCAUUAAUGUUCUAUUUAAAUGCUAUUACUCGUGAUUCGAAUCCAAAUGGAAUAAAAUUACAAAAAAAUAAGGAUAGAAGAAGUAAGAUCAGUAGAUUAAGUAAUUUAAGUAUAAAUAGUUCUCAUCUCAGUUUAAUCAACAAAGGAAGGAUUAGUCAACAAAGAUUUAGCCAAGAUACAAGGAAAAGUCAACAAAUUCCUAUUUUAGUUGAUCCUAGCGAACUUUUUUAUUUUACUUACAGUAAUGAAGAAGAUGAUGAAGAAAAGUAA